CUGUAAGGACACUCCCACACAGAGUUUAAAAGCCUUCAACUCCCCUCCAGUUAGUUAGAACUGAAGAAACCUCUUGGCUUAGAGGUGAAACAUCUUCAAGAAACUGAACUCCAGUUGCCGACAGUAUAGCACUUAGAAUGAAUAAAUAUUAUUUUUUUGGUGAUAUUGUACAUUGUUUAUGUAAAGUCUAGAAAAUAAGCUUGUGCACUGUACAUACAAAUUAUUUCCAUACAUAGUUUCUUAGUUCUUGUUAACUACAACAUUAUUUGUUCUAAUUUUAUGAGUUCUAACUAGUGAUCUUAAAGCGAUACUGUACUGAAAUCUAAAAAAAAAAGAAAAUAUCCACUUAUAUAACCUACUUUUGUAAGAGAUUCAAAAAUGUUGCACACAGGCAAAGUAAGGAAGAAAAAUAUUAAGAGAUAAUACAAUUGAGUGGUUGAUUAUGUCCCAGACUUGGAAUGGUAACAGGCAUAAAUAAAUGCUAAUCACGUGAUGUUUGGUGUCUAAAUUGAAGUAUAUGGAUUUGUAAAAUGAAUAAUAAAAAGUAAAGAGCCCAACAGACAUCAAACACCUGAAGCAGUUUGGGGCUAACUGUACAACUUAUUGGAGAGCUUUAUUACUCAGAAAUGAUGAACAACAAUGCCAUAUGUGCAUCUGAAAUGUGUCCACAUUGGAGUGUUCAAAAAGCAAAAUGAUAAUAUGGUGUGACAUUUUUAACACAUUUUUUACAAGGUGAACUUUGUUCCCAAACAACAAUGUAUUUCAUCUGUAGGAAGAUGUAUGACUGAUGUGAGCUGUAUAUGUUAAGAUGGUUUUAAAGUCUCUUUAAAUAAAAUAAAAAUAUGUUUAAGUCUAUGUUUUCCUGACCAUCAUCGUCUCCUUCUUUUAGUUUAAGUUGUAUUUGGGGCUUGCACUGAAUUAAAGCCUUAUCAGAAGUCAUGUGAUCAGUGGGUCUGAAUGUAGUAGAAGUAGAUGCUCUCUGAACCUGUGAGUGUACAUAUACAGUCUGUUCCCUGUGAAGUUGUCAGUACCUUGUUCAGAUAUGUUUCAGUGCUGCUGAUGUAAUGUGGAGAUGGGUACCAGUGAUGUUCUACCCGCUGUAGAACCUUCCUGUCCUGGGCCGUGCACAUACUAUGUGAAUUUGCCUCUUGGCAUGCUUUCUGUUCCAUUUCCUCUGUAAAAGUUGACUUGGCACCACCUUCCUUUCACCUCUCUUUAAGAAAUAGAGAUUUUCUGUGUUUUGUCACCCUGCAUGUUAUACUCAGCAGUAUUCAAAUCUGGACCCACAAUGCAGAUGCUGUUCUAAUGAAGAAAAACAAAAGGGUUCAAAAUGAAGCAGCAGCUCCCAGGAAGUCCACAGUGGAUCAUCCAGAGCUGGGUUUCUGCUGAGACAACAGAGGGAGACAAACAUGCGACAAGAUGGGAGGGGAAAGCACAGGAGAAACAAGGGGGAAGUGACAAAGCACAGCAGAUGCUAACACUGCAUAUUCAUCAUGAUAACAUUUAGUUAAGUUAAGGAUUCGGCAGACCACAGAUACAUUGAAAUGUGUGUGACAUAGGCAACCAUAUUAACAUGUCUAAAAACAUGCCUUAUCACGUUCACAUUACAACAUUACAUCAGGACUGGCAAGCCAGUGACUGCAGGUUAGGUCUGUGUCGCAACAGCUGUAAAUAUGACACCACAGGAUAUUUUAAAGGAGACCAUUAGUAGCCAUAUUUGUGGUGACAAAAACAGAACAAAACAAAACAAUUUUUUUUUUUUUUUUACUGAAAAUCAGGUCAUUACCUCAUGUAAUAGUGAUUGUAAGGCACUUAUUAUUUGUACAUCACCUAAAAGUGUCAUGGACUUAAAACAGAACUUUGCUGAUGUUCAGCCAGGAUUGUAUCACUGUUAUAUUGGUAGUAAAACACUCCUCCUCACACCUCACACUGAUACUAAGCGUUAAAAUUAAAAAAAAAAAAAUGAACAUUUAACACAAACAUAAAGAGGGAUGUUACAGCGUUACACAAUCUAAUAUACUGUAACCUCUCAGAAACAGUGUAUUAUCUGACAGAGCAGAUGUGUCCAGUGUAUUAACUGAAUUGUUUAUUAAGAGUCACCUGCUGGGCUGGGACACCUGGCAUGUCUAACAGUGAAUGAAUUUAUGAGUUUGUGUUAGGACCAGAUCCUAGGCAGGCACAUUAAUGUUUGUAUAGUGCCCUUGCUUUGGAAAUUUGCAUGUGGUUCCUCGGGUGCUUCUUGACUUCUUGACAACUCAUUUAAAAAGAACAAGUCAUCCAUAACUAAGCCAGUAAGCUUAGUACGCUUAAGCUAAGUACAGUAGCUCCAUUAUAGUAAAAAAUACUGUAAUAUAAAAAUACUCCAUAAUAAGUACAAGUACCACGCUGCAAUUGCCUCUUAAAAUAUCAGAACUAUAAGCAGUUGGUAAAUUGGCCCCCGUGAUUGUUUAUUACUGUGAUUAUUGACACUGCCUGAGGACUAACGCACUAUAAAUAAAUAAAUAAAUAAAUGAUAAGUUCCGGUGAACACUUUAACCGAAUGGUAAAAGAAAAAAGAAAAAAAAGAAGAAAAGGAAAAAAAAAAGAAAAGAAAAGAAUCCUCGGCCGUCGUCAUCUGACUGACCAGUAGUCUGCCAGAGCGUGACGUCGGCGCUGCCAGCGUGGAAGGCACGUCGCCAAUCCAGGAAGUAAACUGUCCGGUUUAGCCAGAGGAGUGCAGAAGGAAGCCGGAGCAGGACGGACGUGUCAAAUUCACUGAAGAGCAGAAGACCCGUGAAGGCACCCCGCGACGUUUUCUCCCCACAGGCCUCCUGCAUCCCCCCUCCUCCGCGGCAGAGGCGGCCGGGCUGUCCGCUGCGUGUGCACUGACGCACACACACACACCUCUCACACACGCACACACAUACAACACACACACCAUAGAUGAUGGUGGACUCCACGCUGACUCAAGUGGGCAAGAAUCUGAGUGAAGCCAUGAGAAUCUUGGGAGAUGGACAGAGAGAGCUGGAGGUGGGAACAGAGAGGCAACGCUUCAGCAGAAGCAGCAUCCCUGGACCUCUGCAGGGGGAUGGUCAGGAUGUCGCCGCUAUACUGCACCUCGUUCACAACCUCAUACAUGAAGAGGAGGAGGAAGAGGACAAGCCCAGCCAACAUAGGAUGCAGAACGUGGGAGAACAGGGUCACAUGGCCUUGCUAGGUCACAGCCUUGCAGCCUACAUCUCAGUUUUGGACCGAGAGCGACUGCGGAAGCUGACCACUCGGAUACUUUCUGACACCACACUCUGGCUCUGCAGACUGUUCAGAUAUGAGAAUGGCUCAGCUUACUUCCAUGAGGACGACAGGGACGGCCUAGUGAAAGUGUGUCGGCUGGUCAUCAAUGCCCGAUAUGAAGAAUAUGCCUCUGAGGGCUAUGCUGUGCUCAGCUUCAAACAGCCAGUUAUCUACCAGAGUGCCUCUGGCAGGCCCGGACUGGGACAGCAUCUGUGCAGCCAGCUUGGCCUGCCCCUCUCUAGUCUGUGCACAGUCCCGUGUAACACCAUCUUUGGAUCCCAACACCAAAUGGAUGUUGCACUGCUGGACAAACUAAUCAAAGAGGACAUAGAGGCUGGGAAGCUUCCUUUGUUAUUGAUUGCCAACGCAGGUACCCCAGGGGCAGGACAUACAGACAAACUGGCUCGUCUGAAGGACCUGUGUGAUCAGUACAGCAUGUGGUUCCAUGUGGAAGGGGUCAACCUGGCAACCCUGGCACUGGGUCAGGUCACCUCUGCUAUCAUGGCAGCCAACAGAAGCGACAGUAUGACACUGACACCAGGUCAGUGGCUGGGACUUCCCGCUGUAACCGCUGUCACCCUCUACAGACAUGAAGACCCAGCACUGUCUCUGGCAGCAGGUUUGACUUCCAGCCAGCCGGUGGCGAAGCUGCGUGCACUGCCCCUCUGGCUCUCCCUGCAGUACCUUGGUCACAAUGGAAUUGUCCAAAAGAUCAAACAUGCUGCCACUCUGAGCCAGCAACUCCUGCAGAAGCUAAAAACUCUGGCCUCCAUCAAAACAUCGGGCGUGGUGUCGCCGAUUCCGCCCAUCUCCGGUGCCUCACUGCGGGACGUUCUGGGCUCUCUCAUGCUCUCUAUUGUGGAGGAUGAGCUCAGUUCCCCUGUGGUGCUAUUCAAAUUUUCCCAGGAAAUGAGUGCUGCAUCCAGUGGGGGUUCAGUAGACGGUUACUGUGCAGGGGAGAAAGAGGUGCUGGAUGCCUUCAACAGAUGGCUCGGUGAACAGCUGGUGCAGCUUGUUCCCACCAGUGGGGUAGAUGUGGUGGAGCUUGAAGACGAGGGCACAUGUGUUCGCUUCAGUCCCCUCCUGACUGCUGCAGUUCUGGGGACCCAGCAGGGUGAUGUUGAGGCCCUGGUGGAGAAGCUAUCAGAGCUGGUGCCUGUGAUGAGCUCCACGAUGUGCCUCAGACAGGACUUCAGAGAGGAAACCCACCGACACUCACCCUCACUCAUAUACAUGGAGGAGCCCAGUUGGCCUGGUCUAGGUGUUGUCCGGUACGAGCCUCAGGCUGAAGGAAUGGAUGAGAGCAGGAGGAAGCAGGAGUUGGAGAAAAUCAACACUGAGCUGCUGAAGAAACUCCAGGACCUUGAUACUGACAUCACCUUCUCCACUGGCCCAGAGUUUGGGACAGAAGAGGACUGUAUCUUUGUUGGCAUGGUGACCGAGGACGUUGAUGUUUCAGAGCUGGUGGAUACAAUAGCUGCCCUCGGGAGGGACAUCGAGGAGAGCGGAAGGCUUUUGGAAAACAUGACGGAGGUGGUGAGGAAAGGCAUCCUGGAGGCCGAGAUUCAGCUGCAAAAGGCCAACGAGGAAAAACUCAUGGAAGAGGGAGUGAUCAGACAGCUUCCUCUUGUCGGCUCUGUGUUAAACUGGUUCUCUCCAGUUCAGAGCUCCGUAAAGGGCAGGACCUUCAACCUGGCUGCAGGUUCCCUGGAUUCCACAGAGGUGACAUACUCCACCAAGGCCCAGACGGGCAGGCCGUCCCUGCAAGACACUCCUUCCUCGUCGUCAAAGAAACUGCCAGGUCAGAGGUUGUUCCGGCGCUCAGUGGCAGGCUCCGACUCCUUUAGUGAAACUAGUUCCAUCGGACAAGCUGAGGAGAUAACCAGGGAUGGGAGUACCACUCCAAGCCGUAGCAUCCACCCACCCAUCUCUCAACCUGCACCUGAGGACUUGCACUCUGCCAGUAACGUCUUCCCAGAGAAAAUCUCAGAGUCUUCUGAGCCGAUGCAAAGGCAGGAGGAGGCUGAGGUGGCCUCAGAGGAGAGGCAGCCUGAAGGCCAAGAGAUGGAGCAGAGCGGGAGAUAGAAGGACACGUUGUGCAUGUGUCCACCAGCCGUCCUCUAAAUGGUACCAGCCUAACUAACAGAUGUUAUCAUGUUGUAAAUCUAACUCUUCCAGUUUUGAAGGGAAAACCAAUGGAGCUAUGUUGGUUCUUUGUCUCUGUCCAUCUGUUUCAGGAUACAGGGAUUUCAAAGUUAAUGUAAAAGAAAUCCACCCUUGGAUACUAUUCUUCUGUGAUAGGUUCAGUGUCCUCUUCUUAUUUAGCGAUAACAUGUCCUGAUAUGAUACUUAUCCCAAUAACCCCAGCCCAGUUGCCAUGAUAGACUGUUGGAUAUUUACAUUUAUACCCCAGAUUUGUUCAUGUUUGUACUUAUCAUACAUACCAAUACAUGUCUUAUAACGUUGACAUUAUAUGCUUACGACCUAACUUUCCCAUCGGAAGGUGGUGGGGACGUUGGUGGAGAUAAAGCUAGGUGACCACAGCCGGUAACCAGAGUUCGAGACGGUGUAUCAACAUUUACAAGUGUGAAACCACUAGAUACUUAAAAGGAGGCCUGUUUUAGGCAACAAAAGCAUCUCUUGGUGUGUUUUUGGAGACCAAACCAAGUAUUUUAUGCCAAAGCAUGAUCUUUUCCUAACCCUACCCAAGUGGUUUUUGUGCCUAAUCCCUAACCAGGGCAAAAGCACAGUGUUGUCACAAAGUAAGGUAGAAAUGAUCUUAAAGAAAUGUAUAGUUCCAACAUGUCUCUGAUUCGCAGAAACAUACAUUUCCAUCAUUUAUUCUGGUGACUGGGUUGAUUUUUCCACAGUUCAGAUCUCAGUAUGCCUUUUAACCACUCCAAUAAUGGACACUUAAGAGUUGCUUCCUCUCAAAAAUGUAUCGGCAUACAUACAACUUUGUAUGUAUAAAUGUUUGUAUGUACGUAUGUAUGUAUGAUCUUUGCAAUCAAGAGGGGAUUUUUCUUGAAAGGUAGGAUGGAGAAGAGUUGACAUACAACCCAGCUGAAUGUUGCUUUUUACAGCUGGUGACCUUCAGCUGUCCUUUUGCAUUAGAGGGCAGAAGGGCAGCUGUAUUUCACACAUAAUUCCUUCAGCUUUAAAGAGAAAUUUGAUUGGUUCAAAGCCAGAAUCUCCUUUUAAUACUCCAUUCACUUUGGAACUCAACUGGAAAUAAAGCAGCUCAAUAUUAAAGCCAUGAGUGUGGCUGCAAUUAAAAAGCCUAGAUUUCUCACUGUAAAUAGUCACAGAUGAUAUAUGUCUACUGUAACCCACCCAAUUACUAACUACAAUUAUUUAUAAUGAAAUGAGUCUGUAUAGAGGGAGUAGAGUAUUAUAAUCUAUUUAAUUAAAAAAAAAAAAAAACUACUGAUAAUAGUCACCUGCUUACGAGCUUCAAACACUCCUUUCAUGUUUGCACUGCCCUACAAUCGCUGCUAGAGAAAGGAAGUCUUCAUAAAGAAUGAUGUCUGAAGAUUUUGAGAAAAAAGUCCAAAUGUUAUGAAUAUAUAUUAGUGAUUUUCUUUUUUUUAUUCAUAGUUUUACAUGAAGAACUAAUUUGAGAUCAAGUUGUAAUUCUAUGAGGAACUAGAAUGGCAGUUGUAGAGCGUAACCUCUGCCAUGGCCUUUAUCAGAUCUCAACUUGACAGUUCUGUAAACACACUUUAUGGUUUAAAACAACCAUAAGCCAUUACUGCUACCAUAAUUAAAGCUCACCAGAUCUCAGAUCAGAAUCAAAUAGGUCUCAUUCAUAGAUACCAGCUGCAGAAAUACAUCUGACUUUUUUCAUCCAGAUUCAUUCACUGUCCCCGCAGAAAUUAUUGAACAUGUUGAAGAACACCCCAUCUCACAAUGUUAAGAAAGAAAGACAGUGAGAAUGAAUUUCUGGAUCCGUCUCUUGAUCUGGAUCUGCACCAAAAGUUAAUGGGGUCUAUUUUGGGCCGAGACAGAUCCUCAGUCCCAAAUUUGUCGAAAUUUGUUUGGUUAACCAAUCCACCAACAAACGGACACAGGUAAAAAUGUAUGUAUAAGUCACCAUAGGUUCCAUUCAGACGGCGUCCAGCUCAGUGCAUGGGUAGUCUCAGACAUGUAAUUGGUUUCGUUUCAGCGUAAUGAGGUGCUUCAUGGUGAAACCUUGAAACCUCUACAUUCCUUAUUUUGGCACAUAAGCUGAUGCAAAAAAAAGACUUUUUUCUUAAUGUUGAGACAAUUUUUUCAAAAUUUCAAAACUUGAUUCUUAAUUGAAGUUCUUUUACAACAGUAAGCCUAGUACUCAUUGUACAAUGUAAACUCCUGCCACAGCUUUGGGAAUCAAAGUUCCCUUCAUAACUGUGCAUGUAGCUGGGGCCAGAGUAAUAGUGAGUUUUCAUUUCUUUGUUCAUUUCUUUUUAUUUUGAUAGAUAAUAAAACCUGAGCGAAAAGUGGCCUGCUGUCACAGAGGAGUUUUGCUUCACAGGAUUUAAUUAGAUGAGGAGUAUUUCUUUUCACUCAAACAUCCUGCCAGGCAUGGUCAAAGUACUUCCUGUCCUUGAUCACCCUUUAAACAUUAAUAGUGCCAUAUUAUCCAGUCAUUUGGGAGUUGGGAUUCUUUCUCCUCAUUUGUUCUUUUGUUUGUCUUUUUUGGGGGACAUGAGUUGAUUCUACAAGGCUUGAAAAUCCAUCCACUCACUACUUGCAUGCUAACGUUUUUGCUAUUAUCACUUUGACGUCUUUUGGUAUCAGUAAUCACCGUUAGCAAGACUGAUAAUUAUGAGCAUGUUGUGUACACUUCAUUUACAUUUCUUUAAAGGAUUUCUUUGUUUAGAAGUUCACAAAGUUCUAACCGUGUAUCUACCACAUAAUGUCACAGACAUUGGUAGGGUAGAUCCUAAAGACACUGUGUAGUUUUGGUCAUUCCAGAUGAAAGUCAGUUGAUCUUUAGAGUAUUGUGACAAAAUCUGUGGUCAUCCAUCCAAACUGUAAGACAUGUCCACUAACAACUUAUCUAGAACUAUGGAGACCAAAGACUGUCUGCUUCAAGAUUCUGACAGGAAAAUUUUACCACAACCUACAUCUACAAACCAACCAAGCAGACUACAACAUAAAAAAUGACACCCCAAUGUUAGCCCCAGGCUAAAAAAGCUGUCAAAAGCAAAGGGUUGCAUAUUCUGAUUCUAGUCUGUUCCAUACUCACACCUUUUAGCCCUUAUAUGUUAAGUCAGUUCUCAGGGGAUAACCCCACAAACUCAGGGCCAUCAAGCUCAGCUGAAGUCAGGCUGAGCCCACUUAGAAAUGUGCCAGGAUUAUCCCAGUGUGAGCACUGUCUCAGUCAGUGGCUAACAGCUCUCUUAGAGGGUUCUAAGGAUGGUUUUAGUCCUAGUUGAAGUGUGGGGUGAAAAGCCCUACACUGACACAAUGCUGGUACAUUACAAAGUGGGUUUACCCCGACUAAAGCCUAGGGCUUGCUGGCCCUGCUCUGGAGCAGUAGAGUCUCAGUCACGUUCAGUAUGAAUCGUAUGGUCCUGAGCUGAAGUUAACCCUGGGUUAACAAUCUGUGUGUGAAAAGGGGCUAAUUAUCCAAGGGUCAGCUGUUAGCCCAGGGCUAGUUGGAAGUGUCAGAACUGGUAAGAAAAUGAGAAAGACAGAAAAUGAAAGUGUGUCUUGAUUGCACACUGAUUUUGAAACUGUGUGAACAACUGUUGUCUGACAUUUAGAAUUUUGAUACAACUUAACAUAAUAGAAGGAUUGUCAUUGUUCUGUAUGCCUUGUGAAACUGAAUGGGAGUGAAUGAGCCUUGCUAGGUUUGGCAGAAUGGUUUAGACUUUGCUCCACUUAAGGUGCCUGAAUGUAAAAACAAAAAAAAAAAAAAAGAAAGUCCAGAACACAAAUUUUGCUGGAGUUUUCUUUGAGUAGUUUGAACGAGGUACUGAUUAUACAUUUACUGUAGUGAGUUGUGAAAUGUGGAUUAAAUACAUUGCUUUGAUGAGGAAUUAACACAGGAAGAAUGACGAUUAUAAUCUAUUACAGCUUUAUUGCACUUGUUCUGUAGAUAAUUUCUUUACUACUGUUCUUUAUUUAAGUUCUUAUAUGGUGUAAAUGAAGCAGAAUCUUUUUAAUGAUUAUUUCUGUUAUGUGAUUAUAUUGUAAAGCUAAAUCAAUAACUUUAUAACCUUUAAUCAAGAACUUUGAUUUGAUAAAAUGAAUUGUCCUGGACCAUCCUGCCUCUGUCACUGUCUGAAUUAUUGAUUGUUUUUAAUAAGCAGAAUCUUUUCUCUUGAAUGUUUUGUGCCAUUAGUUUACAGUACAGAAACACUGACAUGUUGUGUUAAUCCUGUCACUCAACAGAUUAAAUUCCAAGUUUUCUAGUC